CGCCGCAGGGCCGGCGGGCAGCGAGCGGCAGCCGGCGGCAUGAGGCGCGACCCGGCGCCCGGCUUCUCCAUGCUGCUCUUCGGCGUCUCCCUCGCCUGCUACUCGCCCAGCCUCAAGUCGGUGCAGGACCAGGCGUACACGGCGGCGGUGGUGCUGGAGGGCAAGGUGCAGUCCGUGGGCCCCCCCGCCGGCGGCAAUGACAGCCGCGGCGCCGGGCCCGCCGGGGGGGUCCUGGUCAAGGUGCUCGACCUGUGGCCCCUCAAAAGCGGGGGGCUGCAGAGGGAGCAGCUCAUCAGCGUGGGCUCCAAGGCGCCCUGCUUCAAAGUGAAGCGCAACCACCGCUACAUCUUCUUCCUCGAGCCCACCGAGGAGCCGCUCGUCUACCGCACCGCCUUCGCGCCGCUCGACACCAGCGGCAAGAACCUCAAGCGGGACGUGGCGCGGAUCCUCUGCGCUGACUGCGCUGUUCCCCCCAAACUGAAGAAACUGAAAAGCCCGAACGUUCACGUGGGUGAGAAGAUUUCCCUGAAAUGUGAGGCGACUGCCGGCAACCCUCAGCCAUCCUACAAAUGGUUUAAAGAUGGCAAAGAGCUGAAGAAGAGCAAAGACAUCCGGAUCAAGUAUGGGAAUGGGAAAAAGAUUUCCAGACUGCAGUUCAACAAGGUGAAGCUGGAGGAUGCUGGGGAGUACAGCUGUGAAGCCGAGAACAUUUUAGGGAAAGACACCGCAAAAGGCAGCCUGAAUGUGAAAAGUGGAACAACGAAAGCACCACAAGUCUUACCAGCCUCAGAAACUAAAAUAGUUGUUAUGGAAGAAGAGUUAACCACAACUCUCUCCUCCUGGUCCGGGCACGCCAGAAAAUGCAACGAAACAGCCAAGUCCUAUUGUGUCAAUGGUGGGGUGUGCUACUACAUCGAGGGGAUUAAUCAGCUGUCGUGCAAGUGUCCGAUCGAAUUCACAGGAGACCGGUGUCAGCAUUUCGCAAUGGUCAGCUUCUCCAAGCAUCUUGGAUUUGAAUUAAAGGAAGCAGAAGAGCUCUACCAGAAGAGAGUUUUAACCAUCACGGGAAUCUGUGUUGCCUUGCUUGUGGUGGGCAUCGUCUGUGUGGUAGCUUACUGUAAAACCAAGAAGCAAAGGAAACAAAUGCAUAAUCACUUGAGGCAGAACAUGUGCCCUGCCCAUCAGAACCGGAGCCUUGCAAACGGGCCGAGCCAUCCGCGUUUGGAUCCCGAGGAAAUCCAGAUGGCCGAUUAUAUUUCUAAGAAUGUUUCUGCCACUGAGCACGUGAUCCGAAGGGAAACAGAGACAACCUUUUCGGGCAGUCACUCCUGCUCCCCAUCUCAUCACUGCUCCACGGCCACUCCAACGUCCAGCCAGAGACACGAAAGCCACACCUGGAGCUUGGAGCGAACGGAGAGCCUGACUUCAGAUUCCCAGUCUGGGAUAAUGCUGUCCUCGGUGGGAACCAGCAAAUGCAACAGCCCCGCGUGCGUGGAGGCGCGGGCUCGCCGCGGGGCCACCUUCUGCAUCGAGGACUCGCGGAGGCCCACGACGCAGUACCGGGACUCGGUGGAUUCCCUGCGGGACUCACCCCACAGCGAGAGGUACGUGUCGGCCCUGACCACCCCAGCACGCCUGUCGCCCGUUGACUUCCACUACUCGAUGACCACGCAGGUGCCCACCUUCGAGAUCACCUCCCCCAACUCGGCGCACGCCGUGUCCCUGCCGCCGGCGGCUCCCAUCAGCUUCCGCGUGGAGGAACAGCAGCCCCUCCUGCGGCGCUACCAGCUCCCCUUCCAGGACACACAGAGGUACGACAGCUACUACCAAAGGAAGACCUACCUAAACGACAGCAUGGGGAGCCUUCCUUCCAGCCCCUUCCGCAUCACGGAGGACGACGAGUACGAGACGACGCAGGAGUACGUCACAGCGCUAGAGCAGCCAAAGAAAACAGCCAGCAGCAACAGGCGGUGGAAAAAAUCCAAACUGAACGGGCACAUCCCUCACAGAGCCAGAGCCGUCCGGGACUCCUUCUCCUUGAGCAGCGCCUCUUACAGCGAGUCUGACGAGGAGCUGGUGGCCGAGAGCACCCCGUUCCUAAGCACUCAGAACAAUGAGGCGGCGCACACAGAGUCGCCGCCGCUGCACCGGCCGGGCGACAGCCGGACUCACUAUUCCUGCAGCAGACACAGCGCCCACGGGGAGAGCGGGCGCAGCAGCCUGGCACACGUGGCGCCCAAACCGGACCCCGACCCUCUCUAGGCACCUCCCAGACUUCGUCGCACCCGCAGACACAACCGCGUGGAGGAGGCCGGAGGAGGGAGGCGAGACAAAACAAAAACAAACAAAAAAAAAAACAAACCAUGGAACAAAAAACAAACAAAUAAACAGAAAAAAAACAAACACAAAAACAAAACAAAAAAAUAAAUAUUUUUAUUUUAUAUAAAAGAGGGGGAAAAAUAUAACAAAUAAAAUGUUUUAUUUUCAUUUUAGCAAAGUUGUCUUAUAAUAGCUAACGACAAUGACUUUUUUAUAGGGAAUCUCUAUUUAUAUGUAAUGUCUUGAUUUACAGCUUCCGAGAAAAAAAAAAAAAGAUUUAAAAAAAAAAAAAAAGAAGAAGAAAAGAAAACAAACAAUAAAGUAAAAAAGAAAAGUGGGCCAAUUUUUGACUACUUAAAAAUAGAAAACAAAACUAUCGUGGUGCCUUUUGCUGUAUGCUAGUGCUGGGAUUCAUGCCGAGGAUUCUGUUUCAGUAGCAUUUUUAAGAUCAUAGAUUUUUGUUUGGGAGACAACCCGUCACAAGGGCGCUCUUCUGUCAGAAGAAAACAGCCUCGCCACUUUGCCCCCCCGUACCCUGCUAUUAAUGAUCUUAUUCUUUAAAGUAUUGUUUAAACACACAUUAAGGACAUGAGUGGGAGCAUUUCCAUUAUCAUGUCUAACGGGGAUCUGUCUUGCCCUGUAAAAUACUUGUAUUUUCGCUUAAAUCAGGAGAAAAAGAAACCCAAAAAGCACCGUGCCGAAAUGCAAGAAAUAACGUUUCUUUUGCCACACAGGUAGGAAGACAAAAUGAAAUUGUGCAGCAGCAGCAGCCCUCACAAUGUAUCUCCCAACCUUUGGCCAUCUCACCUGUGGGUCUGGAGUUGGGUUGGCACAGAUUUGUGGUCAGGCAAGGCAGACACCCGUGUGAUCACACCCGUGGGGGGAUCACACCCUGUCAGGUACCGCUGAAUCCGGGUCGCUGAAUCCAUCCUGGGCAGGCAGUGUGUGGUGUUCCCAGCGGGGUGGGCUCUGUCCAGCCCCAGUGCCCGUGGCUGUGUUGCCGUGCCGGUGCCGUGCUGGCCACGGCACCCCCUUGGCUGAGCGGUGCAGCCGUGGCGCGGCGUUGGCCGGGGCACCGUGUGCCGUGGUGCCGUAGGGCUGUGGGGGCUGUGGUGUCCUGUGUGACAUUGUGCAUGACAUCCUUGCCAGGAGGACACCCAGAGGGUGGUCCCAAGGUGCGGCACGGCCGCGUCUCCCCUUACCCGCGGUGCUGGGCAGUCGCCGGCUGUGCUGCCUCAGGGUUCAGCAGGACCCCGAGCACUUUUGGCCCCGCUUGUCGCCCCUGCCUUGGCUGGGAAGGGCCCUGUGUGGGGCAGCCCAGCGAGGGAUCCUCCCCUACCACCGUGCCAUGUAUUGUAAAGAAAGUUGUUACCGUCACGUCCCGCCAUCGGCGAGGACGUCGCGUUUCCAAACUCGGAGCAGCUCUGGCCAUCGGCUCUGUGGCGCAAAGAGACAGUCCUGCGUGUCCAGGCGUCAGAGCACCCCCUGUGGAAGUGCCCCUCUCUCCUCAGUUCUCUGCAGCAAACCUGUUUACAUUGUAGCCUGACUUUUUUCUUUUUAUAUUUUUACUUCUGCAUGUCCUUUGCAUUUCAGAUACUGUAGAUUGGAUGCAUGGUGAAGCUGUGACUGAGAAGAUAAUACAACAAUUGACAGUGUAUUAUUUCAUUUAACUUUUAGCAAUAAAGUAACUAAACCCUCUAUUCCUCACCCAUGAUGGGGUCAGAUAGAAAACUCUGCUAAUUUGUCAUAAGAUGAUUGUCAAAGUUUGCUCUGGAUUGUCUGAAUGUCAGAACUCUCGACUGUUUAACACUUGAACAUUUUUUAUAUUAUAAAUAAAAUAAGAAAUAACAA